CAGUAUGGCUAGCCGUAGCAGCAGCAGCAGUAGCAGGGAUGUUAAGAAAGGAAAGAAAUUAGUUCCUCAGAAAGUUGAGACUAAAAAGGUACAACCUAAAAAAUUGGAACCGAAGAGUGGCGGCGGCUUUUGGGACAGGCUGUCUUUUUGGAAAGAUGACCCUUCUCCGCCAGAACCUAUCAAUCAGCAAGUUGAAAGCGAUUUUGAAUUAGCGAAAAAACUUCAACAAGAAGAAGAUUCUAAACUUUAUAUUCAAGAAGAUAUAAACAAGGAUAACGAGCAGAUAUUGCAGGAAGAAAGCACCAACGAACCAGAAAAGGAUACUGAAGUGGCUGAUCUAGAGUUCGAAAGAAAAAUGAAGGAAAUAGAAGAGCAAGCACAAGCAGAGUUGGAAAGAAAAAUGAAGGAAAUGGAAGAGCAAACACAAGCAGAGUUGGAAAGAGAAAUGCAAAUUCAAAUGGAAAAUGAGAAAAAGAUAAAAGAAGAGAUAGAUAAGCAGGAUGAAGAACUAGCUCGACUGCUUAAGGAAAAGGAGGCUAUGGCCAUGAAAGAAGAAACAGAACUAAAAAUGAAGGCUCAAGAGGAAAUUUUGGCAUUAGAUAAGACCUUUGAUGCAGAGCUACAGCAUCAAAAGAUCCUUCAGAAAAAGGCUUUGAUGAAUGAAGAGAAAAGGUCUGCUGAGGUUUUAAGUGAGAAAAAAGAUAAAAUGAAUGCUGACCUAACAAAGAAGAAGUCUUCCACAGACAAAGAAAUGCAGAAAAUGGAGAUUCGGCAAAAGAAAGAGCUACAACAGAAAGAAAGAGAUGUUUUAGCUGUUACUGAACAAUGGAAGGCUGAGCUUGAAGUAAAGUUAGAAGAUCAAGCAGUCAUUGAUUUGUUAGAGGAGGAUGAACGUAAAAUUAAACUUUCCUCUGAAAUUGAAGCAAUGAAGGAAGCUGCCAAAAAAGAAAUGGAACUCUUCAAAAAAGAAGAAGCAAUAAAGACCAGGAAAAUAAUUGAGGAAAUCAAAAGGGAAGCUCAUGAAGAUAUCAAUAAAAUGAAAUGAACUAAGUUUAUUGUUACUAUGAUUUAUGUAAACAUUAUCUUGAUGACAUGAUACCACUUUGCCAGAAAUAGUUUUUUUAGUAAUACUGUCACAGACACUUUUGACUUAA